AUGGCGGAAGAAGGACAAUAUCAACCUAAAAUUUCCCCAAAACGGCUAAAGCUUGAAGAAAUCGUUGAGGAGGGGGGAGACGAUCGAAUCAGUGUGUUGCCUGAUUAUUUGCUUCAUGAAAUCCUCUGUCGUUUACCCUCCACAAAAGACGCAAUUAGAACAGGUACACUCUCGAAACGAUGGGAACAUCUUUGGACUUCGGUUCCUACCCUCAUUUUUACAAAUACUGAUUAUUAUGAUAUCUUUACUGAAUCCCCCCGAAACCCCAACUCAAGGUCCGAUUUCGUUUCAUUCGUUGAUAAAACCCUAACUCAAUGUCGCCAAUUGAAGCUACAGAAAUUUCAACUUGAUUUGAGGUUUUGGAAUAAGGAAUCCUUAAUUGAAGUUCUGUUGGAUGAAAAUCUUUUCAUCAGUUCAUGUUUAACUAAGCUGAGAUUAGACAGCUGCAAACUGAAUCCAAGCGGGGCAAUUAGUUGGGCAAAUCUUAGGAGAUUAUGUAUUUCUUGGGGGCACAUUGAUGAAGAUUUGAUUGAAAACAUAUUAUCUGGUAGUCCUCUAUUGGAAACUUUGGUAUUGAAUUAUUGCUAUGGUUAUAGACGUCUGGAUAUUACUUCAAAGAGCGUUAAGAAUUAG